AUGAUUAUCUUUCGUCUUUCCCUCUUCUAUGCAGCUUUUGCAGCCGCACUACCUGCUCCGGGUCGUAUUGGAGAGAAUAUGUCUCAACCCUUCAGUCAGGCAGAAGUGACACCCUGGAAUGCAGGUGCUGUUACUGAAUUUGCUAUCCACUCGAGUUGUAACGCAACCCAGCGACGACAGAUUAAUCUGGGCUUGAAUGAGGCGGUCUCUCUGGCUAUGCAUGCCAAAUCACACAUUCUGCGAUGGGGCAAUAAUAGUGACAUUUACCGGAAGUACUUUGGCAACAGUCCUUCUAUGAACGCAAUUGGUGCCUUUGACAUCGUGGUCAACGGCGAUAAGAAAGAUGUUCUGUUUCGCUGUGAUAACCCCGACGGAAACUGCGAUCUCCAAGGAUAUGCAGGACACUGGCGCGGUAAAAAUGCGACGGAUGAGACCGUCAUCUGCGACCUGAGUUACGAGACUCGUCGAUCUCUUUCCACCAUGUGUGCUUUAGGAUACACCGUUUCUGGCUCCGAGACUAAUACAUUCUGGGCGUCUGAUCUCCUGCAUCGUCUGUACCAUGUUCCGGCUGUAGGGCAAGACUGGAUCGGACAUUUUGCGGACGGAUAUGAGGAGGUAGUCGACCUAGCGACUACGAAUGCCACUUUGUCAACACAUGACUCGGAGACACUUCAGUACUUUGCGCUGGAAGCUUAUGCGUAUGACAUCGCUGUUCCAGGUACAGGAUGUCCAGGCAACCAGCAAAAGCAUCAUGGCAGCGACUUGGCCGAGCCCGAUGCCAGUGCAAAUCAGACAUCGAGCACAUCGACUGCUUCUGAAUUGUCUUCGACGACGUCUGAUGCACCUGCUCACUGCCAUACACAUGCCGGGGGAGAGCUCCACUGUACUUGA